AGAAAUGAUGUUAUAUUAUGAGUAAUGUAGAAAUUGCAUUUUACAAAAUUGUAAAAUAUUUCUGACACCGAUAAGUGGCGCCUGUGGUUUCAUUAAAAACCUUCUUUGACUCUGAAAUUGAACAUAUGAUCGCUUUUUCUCUGGUUUCGUAGUAGGGAGGAACGUAGUUGGAAGUUAAAGUUACAUUUUAAAAAUAUCUGCGUGUACCAGCUGGUCGUUUACACCUACAACAUUUCAUUAUUACUUCUUACGAGUACAGGACUAUAUCGAAAAUGAUUUUCGUGUGCCUAAAACCAUGGAAAAGGACCCCCUGAGAGGCAAUGCGUCAAUUCCUAUGAGUUAUCCUGCAACCUAUCAAGCAGUUGGUGGUCAGCUUGAAAAUGGACAGCAGAUUCGAACUGUGUCACUAAGUUCAGACGACGAUAUGAUAGACAUAACUACAACUGGGACUACCACCGAGCGCUCCAUCCAUGGGGAGGAACUGGGAUCGCAUUUAACAUCUAUUAAGUACUCGGGGCACCUUGGGGGUGGAGUGCAAUUCAUUGGUCUUCAAGUUUCAGGGGACUCCGAUGACAUCCCUGGUAUUGGUCAGUAUGAGGAUUUCCACACCAUUGAUUGGCAGCGUGACAUCGCGCGUGAUCGUAUGCGUCACCGCUACAUCAUAAAGAAGAAACAGGAUUCAAUCUGUGACCUGAUAAAGGGGGCACAUGAUGCAUGGUCUGGUUGGGUGUGUGUGCUGUUUGUUGGUCUCGUCACAGGCGUGGUGGCCGGUGUUAUCGACAUUGGGGCCAGUUGGAUGUCAGAUCUCAAGUACGGAAUAUGCCCAGAAGCUUUCUGGCUCAACAGGGAGCAGUGCUGCUGGUCAUCCAAUGAGACAACAUUCGACAAUGGAAAUUGUUCUCAGUGGUGGACGUGGCCAGAGGUGUUCAGCCAGUCCAGGGAAGGUGUGGGGCCAUACAUAAUCUCAUACCUGUUCUACAUUGUGUGGGCACUCAUGUUUGCUGCCCUAUCUGCCGCACUGGUGCGAAUGUUUGCCCCAUAUGCAUGUGGAUCUGGUAUUCCUGAAAUUAAAACGAUCCUCAGUGGAUUCAUCAUCAGAGGUUACCUCGGCAAAUGGACACUGAUAAUCAAGUCCGUCGGCAUCAUGUUGGCUGUGUCGGCUGGUCUCAGUCUUGGGAAGGAGGGGCCAAUGGUUCACAUAGCGUGCUGCAUAGGGAACAUACUGUCAUAUUUGUUCCCCAAAUACGGCCGCAACGAAGCCAAGAAGAGGGAGAUUCUCUCGGCAGCAGCUGCAGCCGGCGUGUCUGUAGCUUUUGGUGCCCCUAUUGGAGGAGUGCUUUUCAGCUUGGAGGAAGUCAGCUAUUACUUCCCACUGAAGACUUUGUGGCGGUCAUUCUUCUGCGCCCUGGUGGCAGCUUUCAUCCUCCGCUCCAUAAACCCGUUCGGAAAUGAACAUUCUGUACUCUUCUAUGUGGAGUACAAUAAACCGUGGAUAUUCUUCGAACUUGUUCCCUUUGUUGCCUUGGGAAUUAUAGGGGGCAUGGUAGCUACUCUGUUCAUUAAGGCUAAUCUGUAUUGGUGUCGCUACCGCAAAGUUUCCAAGCUGGGGCAAUAUCCAGUGACCGAAGUGCUAGUCGUUGCUGUGGUCACGGCCGUCAUAGCAUAUCCAAACCCGUACACUCGAAUGAAUACAAGUCAACUCAUAUUCUUACUCUUCAGUCAAUGUGGUGUUUCAAACUCAGACAAUCUCUGCGACUACAACCGCAACUUCACUGAUGUAAAUUCUGCCAUUGAAAUAGCGGCAGCGGGCCCAGGGGUGUACAAAGCCGUGUGGCUCCUCGUUCUAGCUCUCGUGUUCAAGUUGGUGGCAACGAUCUUCACGUUUGGCUUCAAGGCACCUUGCGGCCUUUUUAUACCCAGUCUUUGUCUGGGCGCCAUAAUGGGUAGGAUAGUGGGUAUUGGCAUGGAACAGCUUGCCUACAACUACCCACACAUCUGGCUGUUCAGUGGGGAAUGUUCCACUGGCGACGACUGUAUCACGCCCGGCUUAUAUGCCAUGGUGGGAGCAGCAGCUGUGCUGGGAGGUGUCACCAGGAUGACAGUGUCUUUGGUGGUGAUCAUGUUUGAGCUUACUGGGGGCGUGCGCUACAUUGUGCCGCUGAUGGCAGCUGCCAUGGCCAGCAAGUGGGUGGGAGAUGCUUUGGGUCGGCAGGGUAUAUAUGACGCUCACAUUGAGCUCAACGGCUACCCGUUCCUCGACAGCAAAGAAGAAUUUGCUCAUACUUCUCUUGCGGCAGAUGUAAUGCAGCCCAAACAUAAUGAGCCAUUGAGCGUGCUUACUCAGGACUCGAUGACAGUGGAUGAUGUAGAGACGCUGCUCAAAGAGACGGAACAUAAUGGCUUCCCUGUGGUCGUAUCCAGAGAGUCACAGUACCUGGUGGGCUUUGUGCUUCGUCGUGAUCUCAAUCUUGCAAUAGCGAAUGCAAAGCGCACACUUGAGGGAAUCUGUGGGCAGUCCCUCGUCCUGUUUGUGAACUCGGCUCCGCCCCAGGCAACAGGCCCUCCUCCGCUGAAGCUGAAGAAAAUCCUGGACAUGGCACCCAUCACCAUGACUGAUCAGACUCCCAUGGAGACGGUAGUAGACAUGUUCCGCAAGCUGGGGCUGCGACAGACGCUUGUCACACAUAACGGCCGCCUGCUUGGUGUAAUCACAAAGAAGGACGUACUUCGACAUGUGAAACAGAUGGACAACGAAGAUCCAAAUUCUGUUCUGUUCAACUGAAAACUACCCCAACUGGAAAGAUGGAGACGUCUGUUCAUUGAUUUGAACAGCCAUGUGUUCGGAACUGAUGCAGCACAAGUCUAGACAAGCUGCGAUUCUGAGAACGUUGUUAUGUCGAGGCUGCUUUACUGCUCCAUUUGCAGGAAGUGAUGAUUUAGUGUGGUACAGUUGGUACCACAUGUGAAUUGUUAGCGGAGACUUCUGUGCAGAAUACAUCACUUGACACCUUUGAAUGAAUUUACAAUUUGGAGAAGACUGUGUUAGGACUAUCCAUGAAUUUGUUCAGUCAUAAAACUUGUCUUUAUUUUAUAAAUAAAAAUAAUGGGGAGGAAUAUCUGUAGGAAUGUUUAUGUGUAUGCUCUUCUAUUUAUGUUUUAAUUAAUCAGGAAUAAUUUUAGCACUACCAUAAUUUAUAAAGAUUUCUUUAUUUUUUGUAGUAGUAAAUUUUUACACAAGGGUUUAUGUGCUGUUUGAAAAUACUUGCCUGUGUCAUGGUAAAUAUGAGACUAUGGAUGCGUUCUCCACCUUUAUUCAUUGAUAUUAUUAUUAUUAUUAUUAUUGUACAGUAGGUGUAAGGUGGGCAGAGGGGCAGGUAGUGUACAUAUUGCAUUAAUAUUCCUUGUGUGUUGCUUAGGAUUUUGAUCAUUGCAUGUUUAUGCUGGCAGCUAGUCACCUGUUAUCCGUUGUCACCGUUUAUGAAGAAGUUUAGAAUGAUGGUGAUCAUUAAUAUUAAUGUGGAAUUUCAUAAUUAAAUGUAUCAAGAAUUGAUAUGUAAAGUUCAUGUGUCCUCAUUUAUGUGUAUGCUCUCCUGUUUUCAUGAAUUUGUAUAUAGAAUUUAUUGGCCAAAUGUCAUAUGUAAAUAUAUACAAGAAUUUACUGCAAAGUGGAUAUUUGUGUGCAGUGACGCAGUUUCUGUAAAAUUGGAUCAUUUGCAAAGUUUUCUUCUGUGGAUAUAAGGAUCUCUGUCUAUGCAGCAUGUCUAUACAACUCUCAUGUCCGACAGGUUGGUAUCAUUUCAUGUCUUGAGAUAAUUUUUCUUCAUACAGGGUGGUUAUAAAGAAACUCUGCUCUUCAGUAUACAGCUGUUAAUAAUGUUUAGGCAUUUUAUUAAAAUUACCAAGUAAAUUGGUUUAGUAUUAUUUCUGACUUCAUUUAGUAGUUUCUGAUUCAAACCUCAGCUGGGACAUCGAGUAUCUUGAUGAUUUUCCAAUGUUUAGGCAUUUUAUUAAAAUUACCAAGUAAAUUGGUUUAGUAUUAUUUCUGACUUCAUUUAGUAGUUUCUGAUUCAAACCUCAGCUGGGACAUCGAGUAUCUUGAUGAUUUUCCAUUGUUUUUCUGUUGGUCCCUGCAGACAAAUGCUAGGAUAGUAUCAUCAGUUACGUCACAACUCCUCCUUUCCACAUCCUUUUAAAUUUAAUAUUCUUUGUUAUCCAGUCAUUUGAUCCCAUAUAAUCUUGCUUACUGACCAUCAUGAAAUAAACUACAGGUAAAUAAAUUCUGGUACUUGAUUGAAAUUACUUAGUGGUUUGACACACUCUGCAUGUGGAAUAUCAUUAUCCUUGGAAGUUGCAGGAAAACUUGUUUUCCUCUGUUUCAGUGUCUGUCUAGUUUUUGUACGUAAUUUUAAUUUUACUCAUCUGUUCUCUGCUUACAUAAUGUGUUGCCUUGUCAUGUCUUUAUGCAGUGCAGCCUUCAGUCGGAAAAGGUUUACAUUUUAUUAGUCAAAUGGAGUAGCACAGUGAAUACACUUGAGUUGCAAAGACUAUGGUCUUUAUACAAGAAUGCAACAAAUAUAUGUAGUUUCAUCUCUUUAUUAACUGCCAUAACAUAGUAGAUUUCUAUGUUUUAGCACCACUUGAAUAACUAGAAACAUCAUCAGAGAGUUACACUUUAUUCCUUUAGCAAUGUAAAAUGGAGUUAACGGGUGUGUCAACUUACUGUCACAGAUUUACGCAUGGUAUAAUUCAUGAAGGAGAGUGAAACUCCUAUUUAAUGAAGCUCGUACAGAAAUGCAUACAGCUGCAUAAUCAGUAAUGUCCAAUUUCUGAAACGGUUAGGUGGAUUCUGAAAGAAACAUGGUUAUGUGGGAAUUAUUUCCAGCAGUAGAGAAAAUAAUACUGACUGUUGUUUGGACGAUGGUCACACAAACUCGAGAUACGAACUGUAGAAGGUAAAAAAAGCUGUUUACACUCAAGUGUCAGUUAUUUGCUAAAUCUGAAUUUGUCAAGUACAGCUCAUCCAUUGGCUUUGACUCAAUCUGGGAAUAGUGCCUAAAUCAAUAUCUCACUAUUACAGUGUCUAGGCAGAGUGUGUGUGUGACAGGCAUGGUGUUUAUCAUCAUCUGUCAUAAUUUCUGUCUGUAGCUAUUACAAGUCUCAGCAGUCUUACCAAAACGUGCAAUAUUUGUGUUCUUUGGAUUUUUGUAGCUAUGGUUAAAUGUGUGGCUUCAGCUUCCAUGACUGUGCGUCAUCAAAUGUAGAAGUUUUUCUAACAUUUCGGCUAACCUUGUAGUUACCGUCUUCACACUUGAUGACAUUGAGAGGGCUUCGCAUUAGGCAUGUGUCAAAGCUAAAGCUGUGAGUGGGUGAGCAGAGGAGCAGGAUGCUAGCCAAUAGGGAGUGACUGUGCAGUUAAUGAUUAGAGUUGCAGUAACCAGUCAUUUGUUACAUAAAUUAUCGUUCCCCACUUAAAGUGUUCUAAUUAAUUUGAGUUAAAAGGACAUUUAAUGUAACUUGGUUUAAAGAUAAGGAAACUUGCUACUUCAGAACUAAACAUUUACAGUAGAUCAAUGUUUAUAAUGUAUAAGAUGGGUUAAACCAACCGAGAAGUGUGCAUAAUAUCUCCCUUGACCAAAAGUUUAAUCCUGUUGUGGACACAAAUGACAGACCUGUACUAUUAUGGGCACAGGGAAAGGCCAUGGAGUAACCCCUUGGGCGUGUCAAGCUCUUCCUCAUACGACUUCAUGUGCCAUACUGACGGCAUUUGUUGCUUGAAGCUCAUAAAGAAGGCUUCCAGGAUUUGAACAUCAUUCUAGAUUCUAAAAUAGGGAGAUAAAAUAAAUGCAUGUAAUCAGCAUAAUUGUAAAAGCUCUAUAAUGGAUAAUGCUCAGUGGGAUAGGCAAGCCAAGCAUUUCCCCCCUUCCCAGAUUUUUCAAAAAAUAAAAUACCGAAUUUUAGAAAAUAGUCUAUGUAUAAUAGCAGUAAUUAAAAGUAUUUUUAAUAAUAUAUUCUUUUGUCCCAAAUACUGCAGGGAAAUCAGUAAAAAUAGUCUAAAUAGCUUAAAUUCAAGAAUUGAGGAUCUCACACUAAUUACUGUGAACAAUAGUGUUUUUAGGGAUAUAACGUUGUAGUGUGGAAGAAGAAGUGAACUUUACCUGAUUACACAGUGUUACAGCCUUACAUCUCUGGCUCACAUAUAAGUCUAAGCAAAUUUUGCUAGCUCUUCACCAAAUGGAAAGGAUCAUAGUAGCAUUAGUCUCAAAGUCCAUGCUUAAUCAUAACUGCUUUAUAAUAAUAUCUGCAUGAUAGAGGGAAGUUUCUUUGUGAUUACCCUGUUAGUGUGAGCUACAGAACAAAAUAUAUUGGUAAUUUUAGUGAAGUGUUUUUAAUUGAAUUACCUUGCAUAUUACAAAGUGUUCAGAAGUUCACAUGUAUUGAUUUUACCUUGGAAUUCAUUGAUAAUUAUUAAGAUGAAAAUAUCCUUUGAUAAAAUUUUGAAGAUCUCAUUGUUUUCCUGGAAAACAUGAUUAAAACUUAAUGUGACAUAGCUACACAGUAUGUGAACACUGCAGUCUUGUGGGUUGUAACUAAGGGAGGCAGUAUGUUUCUCUGAAAUGUCAGUCAUUUUCUGAUUUACACAGUGUUACAACCCAAAAGACUGUCCUCAUAAUCAGAAACCCCAAAACAUGUUAUGUGUUCACCAUAAUAUGCAUUUUCUACAAAGAAGAAAGUUUGCAUCAAUUGGUUUAUUCUGGGAUAUUUUUAUCUCAGUGUCCUUAAGGGGAAUUACAUGGUGCAAAUAACGGAAAACAAUUUUUUUUAUGUUCAUGAGGCUUAACUUGGCCCAAGUAGAAACUGUGGGAUGCUGGUACAGUGGAACCCACUUCUGUAUUUUCAGCCAAGCUUAUAAGCAGCAUAUGUAGUGUCCUUCAUUUAAAGCAGUUCUGAGCAUCAUGAUAUCUGCCCCUCCAGAGAAGUAACAUCCGCUCAUCCAGUGGAUGAGUGUGUCCAUGCAGUUGUCAGUAUAUAGAAAUAUAACUUUCCUGCCUGUUUCAUAUCCCAGAACUAACAGAACACCCAAAGAUAUGAAAUUUCCUCCAUACUCUUCCCCGUCUGUAUGGCAACCACAGGCACUGAAGUGGUGUGCAAGAAUUGCAGUAGAGUUUUGUGAAGUACUUUUAAUUCUCAUUCCAAAUUCAUAUCCUUAAUCAUAUGAGUACAGUCUAAGUUUAUAAUUUGUUAUUCUUUAUUUAAAAUUGUAGUUAGUAUGCUGUGAUAUUAAUGAGGAUAGCAGUCAUAUCCUGCUGUGUUAAGGCAGUAUCACAGGGGGAGAUCAUUAGUUUUUGGUCACAGUAUUUCUGAAAAGAAAUGAGGAAACAUAGUGAAGUGGUUCUGCCCAUGUGAUGGAGCUUAUAAAAGGAUGAAUAACUACCAUGACUGGCAAGAAAUGGACCAUAAGGAAACUAUAUGUUCUUCUCAGAAGUAUCCAGUGAUCAGCUUUCAUCAAGUUGUCCAACAGAAAUGGGUUCCACUGUGAUUUGGAGGUUAUGUAUUUGUAUGAUGCCCAGACACACUAAUUCACUGUUACAGAAUGGAAAUGGAUAGUCAUCGUAUGUGCUGUAUAAAAGCAAGAAUAUUUUCAGACAAAUUAAUGUAUUCAAAGUGAAUAAUUUUGACAGUGAAAUUAAUGACGAAAAUAUUUGUUAUCUGUAAUGUAUUGAACUGUUAGGUAUACCUAUUAACAACUAAUGGCCAGCAGUAGACAUUGCUAACCAAUGUAAUGAAACUUGUCACUGUUAACCAUCUGCCCUGAAAUUAUUAAAAUAAUUUUGUAAAACA